UUCUCCGUUGAGCGUCAGUGUCAUGACAACAGGACGAUGGCUCUGAGCAGGAGGUUGAGAAAUGUGAGAUUUGUGUGAACGAAGAGUAACCUUUCUGCAAAGAGGCACCAUGUCUCUGUUCAAAGCGCGUGACUGGUGGUCAUCAAUCCUCGGUGAGGGGGAAGAGUUUGACCAGGGCUGCUUAUGUGUCGGAGACGUAGACAACAGUGGCACCGGACAUGACAAAAUUGUGGUGGGAAGUUACAUGGGGAUGCUGCGGAUUUUCUCCCCACACGCCAUUAAGACGAGUGAAGGAGGCCCGGCUGACGCUCAGCUCCUUGAAGUCCAACUUCAAAAUGCCAUAAUUCAGGUCGAAGUGGGCAAGUUUGUGUCGUGUUCAGAGCUUCUUCACCUGGCUGUUCUCCACCCCAGGAAGCUGUCAGUGUAUUCAGUUUCAGGUACUGCAGGGAAUGUGGAUCAUGGAGACCAGUACCAGCUGAAGUUGGUUUAUGAGCAUAACCUGCAAAGAACAGCCUGCAAUAUGACACAUGGCUCAUUUGGAGGAGUCACAGGUCACCAUUCUCUGUGCAUCCAGUCUAUGGACGGGAUGCUGAUGUUCUUUGAGCAGGACAGCUACUCCUUCGGCCGGUUCCUCCCUGGUUUUCUGUUCCCCGGUCCCCUGGCCUACAACCCCAGAACAGACAGCUUUCUCACUGUGAGCUCUGCUCGCCAGCUGGACAGCUACAAGUAUGAAACUCUGGCUGUGGCUACAGAUGCAGAGAGUCGCCAGGAUCCCACCGCACCGCUCAAAACCGGGGGCAAGAGGCUGACGCCUGACUGGACAUUUAUCCUGGGAGAACAAGCCCUAGAUGUGUGUGUUCCCUCCUUCUCCCACUCCUCUUCCUCCAUCCUCGUGCUGGGUGAGAGAAGCCUAUUCUGUUUCCGUGACAACGGACAGAUCCGCUUCAUGAAGAAGCUGGAAUUCAACCCAAGCUGUUUCCUGCCUUACACCACAGUGACAGAUGGUACCACAAACCUGCUGCUAGGUAACCACAACAACAUGUUGCUGGUCUACCAGGAUGUGACUCUGAAGUGGGCAGCCCAGCUCUCCUUUGUGCCUGUGGCUGUUCGUGUAGCCAACUUCCCGGAGCUGAAGGGAGUUGUGGUUAGUCUUAGCUCAGACGGUCAUCUGCUGUGCUCGUACAUGGGAACAGACCCCUCCUUCUUCUCCACUCCCAAAGUGGAUGCCAGGGAGGCCGACUAUGAGCAGGUGGAUGCUGAGAUGAAGAAACUGCAAAGGUUUAUAAGAGAAGCCACCAGGACUCAAGACAUUGUGCCCAAAGCCGAAACUGUGGAGGAUUUAUCUGUCACGGCUACCGUGUCCUCCAGCAUGGACAAACCAUCGCAAGCUUUGAUCCAAGAUAUUGAUGGUCUGCCUGUCCCUUCAGUGACUGUGCAGGUGAAAGUGAAGGCCACGUCUGUCCUGAAGUCCUUUAAGCUGUCCAUCUGUGUCCAGCCGCCGCUGGCUGUCAUUCAAGACCAGUUUGUCCUGGAGCCCAUGGAUGUUGGUUCAACGAAAACUGUGCAUUUCUCGGCCUUUCUCAAUGGCCGGUACCCCCCUGCUGACCUGACUGGAGACAUCGUUGUGUCCUACAGCUCGCCUACAGAGCUUAAUCCUAAAGGGGUUCCAAGAGUUCUUCAGUCCAGGUUCUGUCUUCCUCUGGCGUUGGUGUGUGUACCUUCAUCUCCAGCCAAAAACACCACUUUCAAGAUCACUAUCGAUACCAAUCAACCACCAGUUGACCUCAGCUCCAUCUUCCGAGAGUUUUCAACAACAUCGGGAGAUAAGGAUGGGAAUAGUUUGGCUUUUCAGUUUCUGUCAGGAGCCAAAGUUACCGUGCUGGCCUCCAAGACCUCCCAACGUUACCGCAUUCAGAGUGACAGUUUUGAGGACAUGUGGCUGGUGGUAAAAGAACUGGUUCAGAGGUUUGAUCAGCAUUUCUCAAAACUGGGUAUCAAAGACUUCAAGAAAAGCUUCAGUGGUUCGCUUCCACUGCAGGAGUACUUCCUGUCCGUAGAUCAUCACUUUCAGCUGCGCGUCAGUUCUCAGCAAUAUCAGGAUCUGCUGUCGGAGCGAGCGGUCCAGUUCAGAGCCAUCCAGCGGCGCCUCCUCACUCGAUUCAAAGAUAAAACCCCGGCACCGCUGCAGAACCUGGACACGCUACUGGACGCCACUUACACCCAGGUGAUGGCCCUGGCGGAGGCUGCGGAGAAGAACCGGGCCCUGCUGGAGGAGGCUUUUGUCCGUCUGCGCAGCGCCACACACCUGCUGGUGCUGCUGCUGUCGCUGUGGCAGGGCCUGACCCCGGACCAGACGGCCAUCCUGGAGGCUACGCUGCUGCCGCUGCUGCAGGACACACCGCAGCUGGGCUGGGAGGAGAGCUGCUACGCGGCCGUGUCCCACCUCCUCCGGACCUGCCUGUCCCGGAGCCCCAAAGACCAGGCCACGUCUCUGGCCCACACGGGCGGCCCCGUGCUGGGCCUUCCCCAGGACACGGCUCGCCUCAAGAAACACAUCACCCUGCUCUGCGAUCGCAUCGGCAAGGGAGGCCGCCUCACCCUGGCCUCGGAGGCCAACGUGCAGGUCCCUGCUCAGGUCCAGAGUCUCGCUGCUCCCGGAGGUGUGGAGCCGAUAGCAGAGGUGGCUGGAGACGGGGAGGAGAUGCAACCGACACAAGAAGUGACCAAGUUCAUCAAGAAGAAACAGCCAUCAAAGAAAUCCAAGAAAGUUUUUGGUAAGGUGACAGUUGCUUUUUGGGUGUCAGUCUUGUCACUGAUUCCAAAUGGUCACUAUUAG